CGUAAUAUAGUUUAAGUACUUUUGUUUGUUUUUUUUUUUUUCACUCCGUUGUUGUUCUCGAAAAACCAUAAUUUGAUAAUAGAUAAGUAUACUCGUAUUUAGCGAUGGGUUCUUCCAGGUGACACAAUUUAUUGAAUCCUCAUCAGUUGUCUUGAAAAGUACAGUCUUCAAUUGGUUUUGCACGUAAUAAAAAAGGUGUCAGAAAAGAUCUAAACACAAUGACUGGAGACAUAGUUGCCAAAAAAUUGAAUUUAGAGGCAUUAACCAAAAAUAAAAGGCCAGUUCAAAUGGAGCUGAUGCCACAACCAGCAAAGAAAAAGACUCGAUAUAAAGUUGAUUUAGAGCCAAUGGAAGAAAAACUGAAACAGUUAGAGGAUCCACCCUCCACGCCUUGGGAAAAAAAAAUUUGUUCAGCCAGACUUCCCUACUCAUUUUUUAAUGUGCCAUGUAAAACAUUGGCUAAAAAUAUGCUAGGAAAAGUGCUCGUCAGGAAACUAGAUGAUGGAACAAUCCUGAAGGGACGAAUUGUAGAGACAGAAAGUUAUUUAGGUGGUGAAGAUAAAGCAUCCCAAACUUAUGGUGGAAAAGUUACUCUGAGAAAUAUUCCCAUGUUUAUGGUACCUGGAACUAUUUAUGUUUAUUUUACAUACGGAAUGUAUCAUUGUUUUAAUAUAUCCAGCCAAGAGGAAGGCAGUGCAGUACUUAUUCGAGCUCUAGAACCUUUGGAAGGCAUACAACACAUGACAGAGCACAGAAGUCAAAGGCCUUAUGCUAAACUUCAAAAAAAAUUAUCUAAAGUACUGAAAUUUCACGAAUUAUGUAAUGGACCAUCAAAAACGUGUAUGGCACUGAAGCUUGAAAAAUGUCACAGUAAAUAUUCCAUUUGCAAAUGGAAAGGACUUUGGUUGGAAGAUGAUGGGUAUCAAGAGGAAAUAAAAAUAGUGGAGUGUCCCAGAAUCGGGAUAGAUAGUGCCGGUGAAGAAUGGGCAAAUAAACCAUUAAGGUACUAUGUGUAUGGUCAUAAUUGUGUAAGUAAAAGAGAUAAAAAUGCAGAGUCGACAUUUUUGCAGGGUUCGUAAAAUUCUUUUCUAAUCAUGAAAUAUGUUUAAGUGAUUUUGAUACUAAAAACAGAACAAACUAUUUUUUAUAAUAAAACAAAAAAUUAUUAAAAGUCAUUUUUUUUAAUUAUGUCCAAAAUUAGCAUCAAAACAACGAUAAAACGCUAAUCUCUCGAUUACAUGAUAAGUUACAAAGUUUUAUACAAAUAUAUUUCUUUAAAUGGAAUAUUGUUCAUAUAUUACAUACAUAAAUAUAAAAUGCAGCGGUUA